ACACAUUCACAGAAGCUUCACUUGUACAUACAUGUUCUCUCUAAAAUUACAAACAAAUACAAAACGUGCGUUCACAUCUCUCUUUUUCUCUCUCGCUCUCUCUCUGUGCCUGAUCGAUGCUGUGAGUUCCUCCUCUCUGUGAUUGUGUGUGUGUGCGUGUGCGUGUGCGUGUGUGUGGGGGGGGGGUUGGACACAGGAUUCUCAGUGCUUUCCUCUCAGUCUGACACACACAGACGCAGCAGCUAUGAGCGAAGGCGAUGUAGUGUGCACAGGAUGGCUCAUAAAAUCCCCCCCGGAGAAGAAGCUAAAAAGAUUUCUCAGUGGUUAGACCAUGGCGCUAGCAACACCAAGGUCAUGGGUUCGAUCCCAGGGAUUGCACAUCAUCAGAAACAGAUGUAUAGUAUCAUGCGAUUCAUGGCGAAAGCGAUGGUUUGUUCUGCGGAGGGGUCGGAUGAGCGGGGAUCCUGAUGUUUUGGAAUACUACCGCAGCAAGAGCUCCCGUAAACCUAUCAGAAUCAUUGACCUUCAAGAAUGUGAGGUAACCAUUGAGGCAGAGGUGCGGCCCACAAAACGUCAGUAUCAGAAUCAGCACUUAUUUGUGGUCAAAACCGCCACACGCAUCUUUUACCUGCUGGCUAAAACAGCCGAGGAGAUGAACAGUUGGGUGCAGAAUAUCGGACAGAUUUGUACGUUUGGAGGACUGGACAGACAUUCAGAAUCAAUGGACAGUCUUAAUCGCACCCCCUCUUCCCAGCAGCCCUCUCCAGCUCUCUCUCCUCACGUUUCUCUCGUGGCCAAUCAGGGCACAGUUACCGUCGACAACCACGCUGUCCAAGAAGACCGGCCCAGCGAAUCAGAGAUCAGCCCUCCACUUGACUACCUCUUCCUCUCUCAAUGUGAGACCGGCACGAAGAGCAUCGUCAGGAGUGACAGCAUCUCCAACUCAGAACGUUCCUUCGAGCAUAGCUCAUCUGAGUACACCGAGGAUGUGUUCAGCCCCGCCUCACGCAUUGACUCCUCCCCCUCUUCGUUCCUUUUGGGCGGGGCGUCCGAGCCGCCCUUCAGUGCCCCCUGCGGCCCUCUUUCUUUCUCCGUCUCCUCUUCCCUCUCUUCCUGUCUAUCCUCUCCUGUUUCUUUACGGCGGCCACCUGACGUUUUCAGAUUCGACCGGCCCUUUUGCAUUACAUCAGACCCACAGACACCUCCUCCCCUCCCGCCCAAACCUACACACCUGUCUGAUAAUCACGCUAAUGACGAUACGGGGCGUAAUCAGGUACAACCAGCUCUCCUCCCUCGCAGGACGUCGCUGUCGGGAAUAGAACAUUUUAGGAGAGGAGAGUAUGACAAUACUGGAAGAAACUGGAACAAGCGAUUGAGUCUCAACCUGCCUGUGUUUCUGAAUACUGCAGUUACUGAAAACCACUCUGAAGAUUCAUAUGUGCCCAUGGCCUCUCCACCAGCCAGCUGCUCUGAUGUUGCUUCAGACGGCUACAUACCCAUGAGCCCCUCCACCCUGCCGGUCUCCUUACUGACCAACGGAAAACCAGAGCUGCCCUCGCCUUCAAAUCCUGACCUCGAGCCCCCUCCUGUCGACCGCAACCUGAAACCCAAAAUUCGGGCCCGUCCGCCACCCUUAGACCUGCGGGGUUUGUCCACCAUCUCCGAAUGUCCGUUCCACAUCCCUCUCACACGCACCAUGACAGAGCCCAGCACAUCACUUCAGUGUGUUCCUUUGGACAGGCGGCGGGGUUGGGGCCUAAACGGCCUCGAACAGGAAGAGAGCCUAACGCCGACGGACUCACAGCUGAUGUUGUUCCCAUCUUGUGACUCCGCCCCCUGGAUAAGACGUCCCCAGCUAGAUUACCUAUCACUUGACUUCAACUCCGCCUCGCCUUCACCUGUCCAGAAGAAGCCGCUGCUGGCUGAUGAGUAUCGGGUGGAUUACGUGCAGGUAGACGAGAAGAAAACACAGGCUUUACAGAACACCAAAAUGGAGUGGAAGGACGUUCGUCAGUCAAAAGCAUAAAGCCUUCUGGGGGAAAAAAACAAUCAAUUUAAAUUAUUAACAUGGUUCAGAACUUGACUUGUUGUCAUCUACGAUUUCAGGUACUUUUUGGUCUUUUACACCGCUGUGAAUGGAAUGUAGUAUUAGCCAGUAAGAGCUGCACAUGAAAGCUUCAGAAAUAAAAUGGCAGACUAUUCAGGAAAUGAUUCCAGAAUAAAAGACCUCCAAUGCAACGCAAGACCUGAAAUCUGCAAACGGUAGUAGGACGAUAAAAUCGAACCCUUGCUAAUUGCAUGAGUGAUCUAAAAUAUUUGGUGGAUAUUGACAAAUAUCCCAUUGAAAAUGGAAUAUUUAAAAGCACUUCCUGGAACAUUUAUUUUGAAAUAGUUUCCUGAAUAUAACAGCACAUUGUCUUACAUCAUCGAUGUAUGUUACACAGAUGACACAUUGCCUCUAUAAAUUCUGAAAUAAUAUUUUCAAGCGUGUCAUGAUGUCUUUAUGUGGAUAUUAUGAAUGUUACAUAUUUAUGAUGUGUACAAUCACUGAAUAGUAUCAAAGAAAAAGAUAACACCAAUGAAAGUCUUUUGCACUGGUUUAAACACCCUGAAGAUCAUGUUUAACAUGGACUUGUUAUGCUGAGAGUUGGACCACUGGAACCAAACACUGUGAUCGGACACUGGAACAAAGAUUCAAUAAGAAGGAUGUCAGAACACUGAAGGGAAUUCUGUCUUAAGAGAUCUGCAUUUUCUUUUUCAAGAUUUUGAAUGAAUAUUGAAUGUUGAGUAUGUUAGACUACUGUCUUAUUAUUGACCUUUAUUAUUGAAGGUUUGUCAACAAAAUUAUCUGAAUGUAUUUGACUGGUUCACCAUUAAGAGGCAUUACGAAUGUAUUUUUGGUUUGUAGAAUUAGUAGUGUACUACUGUACCGCAAGAGCACAAAGAUCUCAUGGGAAACUAUCACUGUGACAUCAUCAGUUUUUUUUCCAGAUAUUAAUCAGUGUAUGCUUUAUGUCUCAUAAAGUAAUAGAGUGAGCAGGGGGGAUUUGAAAUGUAGAGACCUUACUAACCUGUGUGAAUCACUUGAUAUCUGUACGUCAGCAGGUAAAUUAUUGUGAUGCAUAUUGAACAGAACUUAAUAAAUCAAUUCAGCAGUUCAGCUCAAUGAAAGAAAAUACAAAAACUCAAGGACAGACUCUUUAAUGCGUUCAAGAUUUGCAUUGCAGAUUUGGUAUGUUUAAUUUUGUUGUCCUGCCUAUUGUUUACUUCCCUUCAGUUAAAUCCUGGCUGUUGUUUUUCUGUGAUGGGGCAGGAACCAUGACAGCUUGUGCACACAUUUACAUUUACGCAUAUGGCAGACUCUUUUAUCCAAAGCGACCCAUUGCAUUGUAUUAUACAUUUUGUUUCAGACUAUGUGCAAUCGAACCCAUGACCUAGGCAUUGCAAGUGCCAUGCUCUAACCACUGAGCCACAGGAAAGCACACAAAUAAUCACCAGCUGAUGUUCAAAUUAACAGAUAUUUACAGGUCAAUGACAUACAAUGUCCAUUUAUCAUGUGGUGCGGCCAAUAAUAUUAAUAAAAAUAAAAUGGUGAAAUAUGAAUCUCUGAUACAGUAUGCUUAAGUGAAGGGUGUUUUUAAAAACAUUAUUGUGUGCGAUUUUCAGGGAAAAUAAGUUAAUUUUGUUAAUUGAAUAAAACCAAAUUAUAGAACAAAAAUAUGAGAUGAUUACUUGCCAAGACUCCAAGAAAUGCAAUACUUUGCUUCUAAAUACUAAAGAUUUGAAAAAAAAAAGUUA